UUUCCGUUGGGCUCGUAUAUAAACAUAAAUCUCGUUACGGAUGGUGUCUAUUCUGGUUCUGAACGGGAGUGAUCUCGGUGCCUCGAAAGUGAUCUGAUCCGUGUUCCGGAAAAUUUAAUUUAAUUUCUUGAAAGUGCUUUUAAGCUUCAACUACAUUCAAAAUGUGUGAUGAAGAUGCUGCUGCUCUGGUCGUCGACAAUGGAUCCGGAAUGUGCAAAGCUGGAUUUGCUGGUGAUGAUGCCCCACGAGCUGUGUUUCCCUCUAUUGUAGGACGCCCACGCCAUCAAGGUGUGAUGGUCGGUAUGGGUAACAAGGAUUCGUACGUUGGUGAUGAAGCUCAAUCGAAACGAGGUAUCCUCACUUUGAAGUACCCGAUCGAACACGGAAUCAUCACCAACUGGGAUGAUAUGGAGAAGAUCUGGCAUCACACCUUCUACAAUGAGCUGCGUGUUGCCCCUGAAGAGCACCCGGUUCUGCUGACGGAGGCCCCACUGAACCCCAAAGCUAAUCGCGAGAAGAUGACUCAGAUCAUGUUUGAGACCUUCAACUCGCCAGCCAUGUACGUCGCCAUCCAGGCUGUCCUGUCCUUGUACGCUUCCGGUCGUACCACUGGUAUCGUUCUGGAUUCCGGAGAUGGUGUAUCUCACACCGUCCCAAUUUAUGAAGGUUAUGCUCUGCCCCAUGCCAUUCUCCGAUUGGACUUGGCUGGUCGUGAUUUGACCGAUUACCUGAUGAAGAUCUUGACCGAGCGUGGCUACUCUUUCACAACAACCGCUGAGCGAGAAAUUGUUCGUGAUAUCAAGGAAAAGCUUUGCUACGUCGCUCUGGACUUCGAACAGGAAAUGGCCACUGCAGCCGCUUCCACUUCCCUCGAGAAGUCCUAUGAACUGCCCGACGGUCAGGUCAUCACCAUUGGUAAUGAGCGUUUCCGUGCUCCAGAAGCUCUCUUCCAGCCUUCAUUCCUGGGUAUGGAAUCUUGCGGAAUUCACGAAACCGUCUACAGUUCUAUCAUGAAGUGUGACGUAGAUAUUCGUAAGGAUCUGUACGCCAACACUGUUCUGUCCGGUGGUACCACUAUGUAUCCAGGUAUUGCUGAUCGUAUGCAGAAGGAGAUCACCGCUCUUGCGCCAUCGUCAAUCAAGAUUAAGAUCAUUGCUCCCCCAGAACGUAAAUACUCCGUCUGGAUCGGUGGAUCCAUCUUGGCCUCGCUGUCUACCUUCCAAGCCAUGUGGAUCUCGAAGCAGGAAUACGAUGAAUCUGGCCCAUCCAUCGUUCACCGCAAGUGCUUCUAAAUUCUCACGAACCGCAUUACAUAACAACGCUCAUACCACAGAAAUGCCAAAGGUCCAAAUCCAAAGUAUUAUCGUCUGCUAGUAGUUGUAGUAGGUACAAUCGGCAUACUUUUUCAGAAAGCAUUAAGAUGAAAACGUAGCGACCUCAACCUUUUCCCCCUAAAGCACGGGAGAAUCCUAAGAAUUUAGUUUUUGAAUGCAGACGCUGCACUUAUUAAAAGACAACCGGCGAACCUCGUCAGGAUGGUUCCAACUUCCGACGCACGCACGCCGACUCUAAUUGGAUACACCGUUGAUUAGCAAUUUAAUUGGCAACGUCAUAGCGAAAUUUUAAUUAGAGAGCCUAGCUCCAAAAAUUCGUCUUGCUCCCGGUUUUCACUGUGAAUCCACGAUCUGCAUUGAGACAAUUCUUUUUGUGAUCUCAAGAUGCCAAAACCUUAUGUCGAAGGAAUGCAAACUUCUUUCAUUCGGCAAGGUGUUAUUAGCUAUUAUAGAUAUUUAAAAUUAAUUAAAUGAAAGAGAAUAAAUAUAAGACCCUUUUAUAUUAGAA